AUGCUUCGUGGUUACGUGACGAUCCUCAUGGAGACGUUUCCAGGUCGUAACGGUUCGGAAAGAGCGCCGGCGGCGGCUGGACCCCCACAGUGGGGCACAAAUCGACAGAAGUGGAAAAGUACAACGCACCGGGCUCCGUUAUGGAAUAACGAACGGGCAAGAAACGCAGCCCUGACGCUGCGGGCCUCUAUUUCCAUUGUCCAAGUCAUCGGACGCGGAAGCGGCGGCGCCGGCGCUCAGUCGCCGCCCGCCCAGACGGGC